GUGUUCGUAAAGCGCGUUGGUGACUUCAGAGAUAAGAAGGGGAUUUAUUUCAGCACAAAGUUCGUAUUAUAUUAUUAUAUUUGAGACUUUCUACGGUUUGAAAUUGUAAUAUUUCAAGUAACAGGAUCGGAAACAAUGAAGUACAUCAUUGGAAUCGGAGGUGUGACCAAUGGUGGUAAAACCACCUUGACGAACAGGUUAAUAAAAGCUUUACCAAACUGCUGUGUGGUUCACCAGGAUGACUUUUUCAAGCCGCCGGAUCUGAUAGCGGUCGGAGCGGAUGGCUUUAAACAGUGGGAUGUGAUCACUUCUUUAGAUAUGGAGGCCAUGGUGAACACCAUCAAGGGCUGGAUCGAGAACCCAGUCAAGUUCGCCCGUUCUCAUGGUGUACCCGUGACCCCGGCUGCUGAGAUGGAAGACACUGAGAGCCAAAUGCACAUACUUAUCGUAGAAGGAUUUCUACUGUAUAACUACAAGCCUUUGGUGGAUGUGUUUGACAAAUGUUACUACAUAACCAUCCCAUACGAGGAGUGCAAAUACAGGAGAAGUACAAGGAACUAUACUGUCCCAGACCCUCCCGGCCUCUUUGACGGUCAUGUGUGGCCCAUGUACCUCAAACACAAAAAUGAAAUGGAGAGCUGUGGUUUGCCAAUUGAAUACCUUGAUGGCUUGAAAACGAAAGAUGAAAUUUACAAUCAAGUACACGAAGACAUCCACAAUAAACUCCUGAAUCGCUUAUAGCAGGGGCAGUCUCUGGCUUCUAUGUACAAAUUGUAAAUACAAAUGUUACUAAGUCUUUUUAUUUGUUUUGUAAAUAGUAUGACAAGGAUGUAAGUUGCAAGGAUGUAAAUUUAAGUGUUCACAUAAGAACAUUUUUUUUAACUUUUUUUUAUUUGUUCACUGCAUUUGAUUUAAUUGAUUUUUUUUAAAUGUUCAAAGCGCACCAUAAUAAUGACAUCUUGGAAACCGCAACAUUGAGUUUCCAAAAUUUUUACCAAUAAACGCUGUGCUUUGACUCAUCACUUGAUCAAUAUUGUCACGAUAUUCUUAAAUGUGCCUGUUUGUAUAUAUUUUGAGGUGUUUUUCAAGUAGUGUGCAUUCAGCUCUGGUUUUAGGUCCUUUUUAUGACCCAGAGACGCACACAAUUCAAUAUGUUUCAUUAAGACUUAAUGAUUUUGGAUAUUUAAGUGUUUUGUCUUUCAUGUCCUAGAUCAGUGAUUACCAGCUUUUUCUUUUGUGGCCCUCCUUAUUUGGGCCCCCAACUUCCUACAUUCAUCUUUUCUUUUGAGUUUGCUGUACAAGCAUGUUAAGAUGGAGGGAACAAAUUUAAAUAAUUUUACAUGAAAUACUACUUUAACUACCUCUACUUUUCACUGUAUGCAUACUAAAAAAUAAAACUUGAUUGUGAACCACA